AUGUUGGGUAAUGAGCCGGAUAAACGUCCAAUUAUGAAUAAAGUAAUUGAUAAACUCAAUUCAAUUAUUGCAAAAACAAAUACUAAAGAAUUUGAUCAAACGAAUCAACUUGAAACAAAACUUCUAUCAUCAGAACAUUUGAAUAGUAUUAAUGCUGCUUCUGGAUAUUGUCAUAAGGACUUUCAUAGUGGAAAUAUCUUGCAACUUGAAUCUAGUUCUUUUGUUUCAGAUUUUGGAUUUACAGGACUAGCAGAUAAGACAAAAUCAGAUGACCAAAUAUAUGGAGUAUUACCAUAUAUCGCUCCAGAAAUCUUGAAUGGAGAAUCAUAUACUUUAGCUUCUGAUAUUUACAGUUUUGGCAUAAUUAUGGCAGAAUUAUCAACUGGAAAUCCUCCAUUUUAUAAUAGAAAACAUAAUAUAUCUUUAGCCUUAAAUAUUUGUAAUGGACUUCGUCCAGAAUUUGGAAAAGAAACUCCAGAAUUUUAUAAGGAAUUGGCUUAUAGAUGUAUGAAUUCAAAUCCAAAUCAAAGGCCAACUUAA